GGACUGCCCCCACAUUCAACAUGCUGCGUUCUUCCUGCUCCACUUAUGCUAACCGGCAGCUGGGACGCGAAACCUACCAGAGAGUGGCAGCAUUUAUGUGUCAUGAUGCUAACACAGCCAAAAGAUUUUACCAAGCGGAGGAUCCAGCAGAGGUCACACUCCGGAGCAGAGCAUUGACCACACGAGCAAUAUCAACAUAUGCAGCAAAAAAAGAGGAGGAGCAGGAGUCAUCGGAACCAGAUGAACCUGUGAGGAGAAGGCUGUACCAGCAGCACAGAAAAAAGAUGGUGAGAACAGCUGAAGAGGAGGGUGCAGGUGAUGUAAAAACAGCACUGGAUCAAACAGCAGAGAAUUCAGAAGAGGAGGAUGACACCAUGGCACAAAUAACUUACCAAUUGCGCAGAAAAAUCUUGCCCCCAAACCAGCAGAAAAAAGUAGAGGGUUGUUUGGAUCAUUUCAUGAGCUUUCAAUCAUGUCAAAUGUUUUUUUUGUCCUUUCCCUUUUCUAUAAACAGAAGACAGUGUCCUUCAAAGAGGAUGAUGGGAUGGACCAUCAUGGGGUUGAGUGCCCCGUCCUGCAAAGAGGAAAACACAUGGAGAGCUCAUCUGGAGAGGAUGGGACAGGUGACUGGAAACCCACGCAGAAUGACUCAGAUGGCGAUUCAGAAGAGUCUGAGGAAGAAGUUACAUGAAGGGUUUCCAACCUGCCUAAGAAAAAGAGAGUGAAGCGCUAUGUCCUGCAAAGACAGAAACAGAUAGAGAGCUCGUCUGAAGGAGAUGGGACAUACGAUUGGGAGGUUAAGCGGCCCAUCCUGAAACGCUGGGUGAGACUGGUCAUCAGUUCCAGUGCUGACACGCAUACCAGAAUCUCUCUAUCCAAAUUGAGCAAAAUA